AUGAAAAGGGACGAUGUAGAUGAUCCAAUUGCACAAGUGAAAAAGAAUUAUUAUGAUUCCCCAACCAUAUUCAAAGUAUCUAUUAUUCUUUACGUCGCAUUUUUUGUUAAUGUUAUAUUUGUGAUUUUAGCGUUCAUUUUUGCUUAUUCGAUUUCCGAUUUCGACAGUAAUACAUUUAAUAAAAAGGUGUAUUUAUAUAUUUUAAUAGCAUUCCAAAUGAUAUUUUCUCUUUUUAUCGUCUCAGAAUACACCAACGACGAUGCGAUAAAACGUGUUUUGAUGGUUCUUAAAACGUUUGUCUAUUUCCUUGUCACGUUCUUUACAAUAUUGUAUUUUGGGUUCUAUUACACCAAUUUUCCUAAUAGCUGGACACAAAUUGACGCAAGUCAAAGAAUCAUUUUUGAGAAUGAGAACAAUUGCUGUGUCACAGAAAGUAUUGCUAAAAACGAUGAUGAGGAUGACGACGUUAAGGCAUAUGUUGGACGAAAUGCAACAUACUUUUCCGACUGUCCGAUACUUCACAAAUUUACUUCAAAGAAAAUGUGUGACAGAAAGGGUUCGACUCAUACAUGCACUAUAACAACAACAGAAAAGAGUCUGAAAUAUUCCUGCAUUGGAAAAGACCCAGAACAAUUUUAUCUCCACAUUUUGGCUGGUGUACAAUGUGUCCAAUUUCUGUGUGUGUUGUGGACUUUUGCAUCGAGGGUGUACACCAUGGUCAACACAAACAAGGACGAAGACUUCAUUAAAAAUACUUUUGUAGAAAUAGUUGAACCGAGUGAUAACGACACUACCGACGAUAUAUAA